AUGGACCAUGGCAAGAUAAGGCCCGUUUCUCACACCGUCCGCUCGGGCGUCGUUGUCGUCGACGGCACCGACGUUGUCCGCGAGCUGCUGGAAAACAGCAUCGAUUCCGGCGCCUCGCAUGUCGCCAUCAGCGUCGCGUUUGAGAACGGUUGCUUGGACAUCGAGGUCGCUGAUAACGGCACGGGCGUGGAUCCACAAGACCUUGCAGCCAUGGGACGCCGCCACUGGACGUCCAAGGAUCUGAAGGAGUCGAAGUUCGGCUUUCGGGGAGAGUCGCUGCACGCCAUCAUGGGGUUGUGCACGCGAACAGAGAUUGUUAGUUGCAGAAGCGGAUGUGCCUGGAAAAUGCACUAUAUUGGCACAACCGCACGAGAACAGCCCCGUCGGUGCGCUUUCGACGGGGCGACCGGAACAUUCGUGCGUGUGGUUGAUGUGUUUGGCCGGGUGCCCGUGCGCAAAGAGCAGCUGGCUGUCGAAUGGCGCGAGAUGACUGCAAAGCUGAGCAGAACGGCGUUCUCUGUGUUGGUGGCGCGGCCGGGGGUCACGGUAACUCUAGAGCGCAAUGGUGUGCGUGUGUUUAGUGCGAUCAAUCAGGGCGGUGUGGCAGGCAUCGUGGGCUUGCUGGAGGAGCUGUUUGGGCUCAGGGACGUGGUGGAGCCUGUCGAGGCCCGCUUCGAGGAUGUGGACGUCACUGGGGUGCUGGGGGCAGACGUUGCCAAAAAAUGCCAGUUCCUGUUCCUUAAUGGCCGUCCGCUGGAAAACAGAAGCCUCCAGAGAACAAUCAGUCUCCAGCUGGGCAGACAGUCGGCACUCUAUGUGUUCGACAUCCGUACACCGCUCCAGGAGUCGGAUCUGCUGCAGAGCCCGAGCAAAAGGGUGUUCAGUCCCGUGCUGUUCGACAAGAUCAAGGCUGUGUUGGAGGAGGUGGUGCGCCGGUGGACUGACAAAGACAGAGCCGGGCGAGUGCAGAAAAAAGCGCGUCGGUCCGUAGGCCUUUCGCAUUUCUUCAGUCCCGCUACUAGCGUGGUGCUUGACGGGCCCAGCAUCGGGCGCAGUCGCGUGGUUGCCCAGGUAGAGAGCAAGUUUGUUCUUGUGCGCAUUGACGACGUGCUUGUGGCGCUGGACCAGCACGCGUGCGACGAAAGAGUGCGCGUCGAAGCCCUGUACCGCCGAUGGACGGCCAGCACGCACACUGUCGCAGUACACAUUGAGAUACCCGUCGAUGCGGGCGAGAGGGAGCGUUUUGCACGUUUUUCGGCCGAAUUGAGUCGAUGGGGCAUCAAAUGGCGGCAGGAGAACGGACUCGUGGUGGUGCGCGAGAUUCUGGCUCUCGUGGCGGAAAAGGACGCUCUGUUUGUGCAGACCGGCGUGUUGCGGUUUCUGGACGACCUGGCGUCGAAACGCAAGCGCGCCAGCGCCUCCGGCGGCGACUGGUGGGUCGCCACGGCCGAGAUGCCGGAGAUGUACCACGAGACCAUCCGGUCUCAGGCCUGUCGCGAGGCGAUUCGGUUUGGGAGAACGCUGGACCACGAUUCGCAGUGCAGGCUCGUAUCGGACCUGGCGCGGUGCAAGGACCCAUUGCACUGCGCGCACGGCCGCCCGACGUGCGUGCCUUUGAUAAGAUGGCUAGAUAGAUAA